AUGUAUGAACACACCACUUUGAAGUUUAUUAAGGAAUCUCCAAGGGAUUUCAGGGAGUACCUCAUGGCCAUCGGCAUGCUUAUUGAAGGUUCGGCUGUGGAGAAGCUUUAGUGGUCAUUUAAACUCUAUGAUAGAGACGGAGCCAUUACAAGAGAAGAAAUACUGGAGAUUAUUCAGGCUGUGUAUAAGGUAAGUGUAGCUUCAGCUUUAACCAAACCCAACCCACUGACAGCUGAAGAAUGUACCAACAGGAUAUUUAUGCGAUUAGAUGAAAACAAUAACGUCAUCAUUAGUCUGGAGGAGUUCAUGGAGGGAGCGCUGGAUGAUGAUUGGAUGAAGGGGAUGCUGGAAUGUGACCCAAGCACUGUGAAAGUGGAGCAGCCCCUGGGGAAGGACACACUUUUUGGGACCCAUGGUUGACCUGAAGUGGGGUAUUCUAUUCACUGGGAGCAGAGAAAUUAACCAGUGGAUGUUUGGACUGAAAUGUCCAGGAAUCGUUGCAGCAACACAGCUCACAUUCCCUGUGACAAAUGAUAACACAGUAACUUAGAGGUAGAGUUGGGGAGCACUAGAAUAUUUAAAUAUUGUUAUAUUAAAUUGACACAAUAUAAAAAGCAUUAAUUUCUGCCUUGUUUUAUUUACUUAUUUUUUACUGUGUUUUUGAAUCGAUGAUUUGUUUUGUUCUUUUUUUUGUUUUUUAUUUGCUGCAUCAUUUGUUGUAGUUUGUAAUUGUAGUAGUCAAUUAUCUGUGUUUAAUUGCAUCUCCCUAAAUAAUAUAUCAUGGCUAUCAUGAGAUAAUGAAAUUGUAGUUAAUUGUAAUGUUUACUGCGGCUCUCAGUUUACCUUGAUUGCCCAGGUCCCUCUAACAUCUGCCCUGCAUACAUGUUGUAGUGCAUUUGUGCAGUAUUUCCAUUUUGUGUCACUUAUUUCUUUCACUCCACUCCAUUUUAGAUGGAAAUAUUACUUUUACUCCACUACAUUUAUAGAUAGCUAUAGUUACUAAUUACUUAUCAGACUAAGAAUGUAUCAACAAAAAACAUCACCAGAUUUAAAAAAUGAUGCAUUGUUCUUAAAAUAAACUACCAAGUUGUUAAAACUAGCUCCACCUUGAUCAGCAACAACAUUAAUUAAGAAUAAUCAGUAACAAUAUUUCAAUAAUAUAACAUGUACCAUAACAUUAUUCAAAGGCUCAUUCUGCAUAUUACGUACAUUUAGCUGUUAAUGCUUUUCCGUGUUCCGUACUUUUAUUUAAAUAAAACGUUGAACUUGUAUCGGACUGUAUUUGCACAUGAGUAGUCCUACGGCUACUUUGUAAGGAUGUAGGAUAUACUUCUUCCACCAGUGACACUUAUAGACCACUUGAUGUCGCCUGUGCUGUUUUAAAAACUGACACACGUCACCUUCCAGACUUUGAGGAAUUUGCUGCAUUCAUACUUCAGCAAAAACAUGGAAAGUUUCCCACCUCAUUGAGCUCAACACAUUUAGG